AUGUCUUUCUGGACUCGGGGCCAGUUCUCUGAGGUUUGUGAUUUGUGGAUGGGCAGCUGCAGUCUCUGGUUGGCGUUGCAGGAACAGCAACUCCUGGAAGAGCUCUCCCGCGCCCACGACCACUCCUGGAGAGGGCCCAGCAGGGGAGCCCGGGGGUCAGCGCUGCCAACAGAGGUGCCCCCUGGCAUCUACCCUGCCGCCUCCUCACCCCCGCCGCCCCUGGAGCUGCCUCGGGUCAUCCAACACUCGGUCCCCCAGGCUCCUCCCACCAUCAUUCAGCAGCUACCUCAGCAGCCACUCAUUGCACAGAUUCCCCCUCCCCAGGCCUUCCCAGCUCAAAGGUCUGGAAGUAUUAAGGAAGACAUGGUGGAGGUGAUGCUGCUGCAGAACGCACAGAUGCACCAGGUCAUCAUGCAGAGCCUGAUGCUCCAGGCCGUGCCCCCAAUGGCCUCUGCUUCCUCCAGGGGACCGCAAGCCACCCUGCAGUGGCCUCACCCCACCGGGCUGCGAGCUGAGAGGCAGAAGCCGCCUUCCGUGCACCAUCACCACCACUAUGCGCCCCCAGCCCCGCUGCAAGCCGCACCUGGCUCACCCGUGGCUUACUCCAUGUGGCCCUCCGUGGUCUCCGCCACCGCCCUCCCACCUGCCGCCAGCUUCCUGCCCACCAUGCGUCACUUGGCCGCCCCCUCUGCCGCUGCCCUUAGCACGGCUGCGCCUGACGGUUUCCUGCCUGCACCCGCCCCGGCUCCGGGCCAGUGAGCCCCCAAUACCUGCCUGGUGAGCCUCACGGUCCCUCUUCCCUCAGGGACGUG